CAGACGCCAGCGAACGCGCCAUCGUUAACUCGCCACGUUGCCGGACGUUCAUCAGCGGACCGCUGGUGUGCAACACUUACUUGUUGGUUGGGGAUAUUUCAAUGACAAUUGAUCAUUCGUCAAAUAAACUCAGAAAAAGCCUUAUCCAGAGACAGACGCAGCCGUCAAAAAUUACUGUUAGUACGGGAAAUCCUUGAAUAUAAUGGAGACUUCAGCCGAACAAGCUGAAGAAAUCGAAGCGUUAAUAGCUAUUUAUGAUCAAGAUUUUAUUGUCAUCGACGAAGCUAACAGAAUCUAUGAAAUCCGCAUUAGCCAUCAAAGUGAUUCCUGGUGGUCAGCUACUCUGCAAGUCCUUUUACCGCCACAAUACCCAGACCGGGUUCCCCCUGUAUUCGAAAUUCAUUCCGCCUGGAUGAGUGAUGCUGAUAUGUUUGAAGCCUCAGACUUGUUAUAUACCAUUUACCGAGAACAUCAAGGUCAGAUUAUAAUUUAUCAGUGGGUAGAGGCCUUGAGGACUUUCAUUGAUAAAAAAUUUAAUGAUCAAGAACCGAUUGAUGCCAAAGGAUCGAGAAGUGAUGUUUCCCUUAAAUAUCACGGUAAGCCAAUACUUUCUGUCCGUUUUUAUUGGGAGGUAAUAAUUACAAAGAAAGAUUUUGGAAAGCUAAGAGUAGGGAUGAUGCAAUUACUCGAUAUCAUUUCUUAAUUUAUGCAUAGGCAAAGUCCACAGAAUGAAAUUUCUUUGUUUGCGAGCCUGGUUGGAGGUGGCUUGAAUUAGUUUCAGUAAUUAAUAUAACAAAAGUGAUAAUAAUAAUAAUAAUAAUAAUAAUACAAACAUAUUUAUGCAGGAUUGCUGCUUCAGUUUUAAGAAAAAAAAAAAAAAAAAAAAAAAAAACUGCUAUCAAUGCAGGUCCUGUAGAUAUCAAAAGGUAAGUAUACAAAACUGACAUGCAUGAGUGAUGCAUGUCAAUUUGUUUUAAUUUCAAACAUCUUAUUUUGAGGACUAAUUGCGGUGCCAAUGAAAUCCUUAAAGUUUUCACAUCAACAAUUUUUAACUAUGGUGAUAUCUCUUUCUGUAGUAUUCAAUUUUCCAACAAAGCCCCUCAAAUUCAUUGGAAAAUUGCACUUCAAAAUAAAUAAUAUGAUUCAAUAUUUAGAGUAGUCUACAUUAGAAUUGAUCCACUUUAAGUUUGUAGAUAAGGUAUGUGGGGAAAUUAUGGUCAUUCUAGAGACUAAUAGCAAGACUGUGAUAUUGAUAUUUCUGUGUAAUGUUUUUGAGACUUACAACUGUAAGGGAAGGUACGUUUUUUCUUGGGGGGGGGGGCUGGGGAAUUUUGGAAUUUUUUCCAAAAGAAAGUGUUGGCCCUCCCUCAUGUUUUGAUUAAAAAACUCUUGACCCCCCUACUUUUAGGUUUAGUGUGACCCUCCCCUCACUACUACAUGGUAUGCUCCAUGCCAUAGAAACUUCAGAACAUUUUUCGACAUUUUGCUUGUAUUUUACUUUGGAGAUACUACAAAAGGCUAAACAACGAGUUGAAAGAAUUUUCCCUCGCCGAGGAAAUGCUCUCAAAAGAAAGUCAAGAAAGCAGAAGCAGAAUCGCCGUAAAGCCGAUAAACGCAAAUGCCAACGCUACGCAGAAAAUGAAAAGUCAAUUAAAACAAGAAUUUUAAACAUUGAUGAAGAAACUCUGAAUGACAAAGACUAUGUAAUAGAUCAUGGAGAUUUGGAGAUGAGGGUUGUGAAGGCUCAUAUUGGUAGUAAGAUUUUGACUUCAAUUGUGCAGGAAAAACAGACAAACAUUCCGCUAGCCUCUGACUCAAAUCCAGAGUCUGACAGUGACAGUGACAGUGACAGGGUAGAGGGCAUUGUUGGAUCUUCUAGUAACUCUUCAGAGCUUAAUGAUUCAGGAGAUCAGGCAGCGGAUAGACAACAGCUGGAACAAGAAACCAUACCUGAGUCAAGUACGUCACGAUACGGACGGAAAAGGACAUGAGUACUCCGAGAAAAUUAUGUGCCAUGGAAUAAUAUACAUGUAGACACCCAGUAACCUUAUAAAACUAGUACCUGCACCGAAUUAAAAGAACAAGUUGAAAAGAAAAAACUUAGUCUGUUAAAGAAAAAUGGAAAAUAACAGGUGUGACCCUCCCCUUGAAUAGCUGAAAAAGAGGGUAUGGCCCUUCCCCUUUGGUGCUCACUUUCACUGAUGACCCUCCCCUCUGAGGCCCCAGCCCCCCCCCCAAGAAAAAAGCGUACCUUCCCUAAUACAGAUCCUUGUUUGCAGCGUUGACUAAUGUUUUUCUUUUCUUUUUUUUUUGAUCAUAUAAUCUGACUUAGGUGAGAACAUCAAAUUAUCAGAAACAAUUGAAGAUGGUGAUUCUGAGAAGGAUCAGUCAGUAAAUCUCAGUUGCAAUGGUGAGGAUGCUUUGAAAUUAAUCAGGAGUGAAAGAUCAGACCUGUGCCCAGAGAUUACUCAUGGGGAACCUUUUACAGACAGGAAAAGUACUUUUCAAGCACAUCUUGCUCAUGUUAUAAUACUGGAUCAAGUUUCAGGAGUACUACAAGAGUUAAAGAAAAACCGGAAAGUAAACAAUGCUACCCACAAUGUUAUGGCAUAUAGAAUAUUUUGUAAGGACCGAAACUGUUUUCUUCAAGACUGUGAUGAUGAUGGUGAGGCAGCAGCGGGCUCAAGACUUUUACACCUGUUACAAAUAUUAAAUGUCAGAGAUGUUGUUGUUGUGGUAACCCGUUGGUAUGGUGGGAUUCUUUUGGGGCCUGACAGAUUUAAGCAUUAUAACAACUGUGCACGGAAUUUAAUGAAAGAUGCAGGCCUCAUAGAUAUCAGUCCACAGUUUAAAGAAUCAAAACUCAAAAGUAGAUUUAAACCAGGGAAAAGACAAUAA